CUGCGUCAUCGUGCGCGCGCACCCGGAGUACGGCGGAGACACGCGAGGAGUCAGCAGGAGCUGUUGUGCUUGUUGCUAGCUGGUUCUUUUUGUGUUUCGCGAGUGUUUAUUAAGCACGAAGCAGAUCCGUCAUCCGUCAACGACGCCGUCGCUUAAAAAAAAACAAAACAAAAACUGUUUCCAAAUAUUGCAGAAAGCUCAAAGUUGAUCCCGACAUGCAGCCAUCAACCGCUAAGUGGUACGACAGACGGGACUCUGUAUUUAUUGAAUUUUGUGUAGAAGAUAGCAAAGAUGUUGAUGUGAAAUUUGACAUAUCAACACUUACAUUCAGUUGUGUAGGUGGAAUUGAUGGCAUCAAAUAUCAUAAUGAAGUAGAACUAUUUGAGGCCAUUGACCCAAAUGAGUCAAAACACAAACGGACAGACAGGUCGGUGUACUGCUGUCUACGAAAAGCAGAAUCCGGCAAGUCGUGGCCGAGGUUAACAAAAGACAAAGCAAAGUUUAAUUGGCUCAGCGUUGACUUCAAUAACUGGAAAGACUGGGAAGACGAUUCAGAUGAAGAGUUGUCCAGCUACGAUCGAUUCUCGGAGAUGAUGAACAACAUGGGAGGGGAAGAUGAUCUGCCUGACAUGGAUGGUGCAGAUGAUGAAGAAUCUGCAGAUAGCGACGAUGAAAAGAUGCCAGAUCUUGAGUGAAGCUGCAAAAGAAAUGCUGUGGCAGAAAACAAGGAACAUUGCUUAACUGUUAUUUGGAGAAAAUAAAUUAAAACAAGGUAGAUUUGGGGGCAAACAUUUAAUUAAAUAUACAGAUCAACAAUCACACAACAAAAUUCCUAAAUUGAAGCUGUUUUCCAGGCUCUGAGUGGUCCACUAGAGCAUACCAUUGUGUUAAUGGCUGUCAAGUCAUCAACACUGCGUUCUUUACCUUUUUAUUCUGCAUGGACAAUUAAAGUUUUCCAUGAUGUUUUGUGAAUUCUAGUUAUUGUUCAUUUACUCAACAGUGGCUGUGGGAGAGGAUGGUGCAGAGUUUGUUUGCCUUUCCCUCAGUGUCAGCGAGGAAUCAUUAUAUAUCAUAUGCACAUUGUAAUUCCCAGUGACUAGAAAACUUUUCCCCCAAUUUACUUUAGACUCUAUUACACAAUUCCUGGUUGACAGAAAAUCAGCUUUUUUUCAACUAUUAUGUUAAUUCAAGUCUCAGUUUGUGAGUGUGUGGAAGUGAAGCAAACAUUUUUCAGAAAUGUGUACAAAUACUAGCCAAAACAUUUACUGGAUUUAACUACAGCGACAUUUAAAGGUGAAGUUACCCGUUCUGCUUCACUGGGAAACAUGUUUUGUUAAUUUUUUUUUCCAUGAAAUAGAUUGACGUGUAAAUCAAAUAUGUUCAAAGUUCAUAGUCCUGUCUGUACACAUGGCUUUCCCAAAUGAUUUCAAGUUAGUAAUCCUUUAUCGUCACACUUGAACGUGUAGCAAGCAUUUGAGCACUGAUAUCUUCCAUUUAUGUGAAGUGAUAUAUAAUGUAAGCUUCACCGCUGUACAGAACAAAAGGGUAACUUACCAAUAGCUGACCAAAUUGUGAUUGCACUCCUAAUAUCAAUGCAAGUGUGACUAAAAAUGUCGAGGAACUUAAGUUUGUUAAACGCAGUGGGGUUUUGUCUACAUAUUUCUAAUAAACUCUGUCUAAACAA